AUGGAGGUCAAGGAGUCCAAGCUUUUUCUCGCCACGUGGACCACGCGGCAGAUUGCGCUGACGACCCAGACGCUCGAGGUGCUCGACGGCAACAAGCUCAAGUUUGCUUGCAACACGACCAACUGCACGACGCGCGUGCUGCCCGCGAUCGACGCCAAGCGCGCGUUUCCGUUCGAGCUCCUCGAGCACGGCAAGCCCAAAGCCGUCUUCAAUGCACCCACGGCCACCGCGCGGGAUGACCUCCUCCGGCGCAUCGAAGCCGCGGCCGCUGGCGUCGCGUGGGAAUCGCCGAGCAACCACUGGGACAACUUCUUGUCCGUCGCGCGCCGCAUCAACGAGGCCAAGCACGCCAACGUGCCCAAGAGCAAUGUGAGCGUGGCGCUCGUCCAGCGCCAUUUCCAAGACAUGAUCGACAUUUACAACGUCACGGGCAGCUUUACCAACAUUGACGACCUGUACGCGUACUUUCUGGACCAAGAGCGCGAGUACGUCAAGGGCGAAGCGAGAGCCGGCAACUUUGCGCAGACCGUGCACCAGCUGCACCCGAUCUGCUACGCCGAGGGCAAGAAGCAGCGUCCCCUUUGCUCGGCGAUUGGCGACAUCAUCACGCACUGUGCGCACCGCAACUGCCGCGCGCCGCUGCCCCUGCGCAUGUCGUUUGGCCUGCAUAUUUUGCAGCAGCCCGGGAUGUGCCCGGGCUGCAGCCGACCGCUCUACUACGAGACGUACAAGAUUCUCGAUUUUCUGGAAGCGACGCCGAGCGUCCUCACCAAGUACUCGACCCUCACGGGCACGGGUACGAUGGUGUUUACGCCGCCCGAGAUUCCUGACGACGGCCGGUUCGGCACCUUCUUCGACCUCUUGAUCGACAUGCUCUUGCGCUGCGAGGACGGCACCAUGUACGCGUCGCGGGUGCUGCGCAUGCAAGUCAAGGGCAUGGCGCGCAAGACGCUCCGGCUUCCGAUCGGUGCGUUUACGGUCGACUUGGUCCAAGGCAUGUUCCGGCAGCUCGACUUUAUCAACAAGAUGGUGCCGCACACGGAAUAUUGGAUGCACCCCGAGGUCCUCACCGCGUCCAUCUGCCGCUACGAGCAGUUUAUGUACCUCAUGGGCAAGAUCGAGACGGACGCCGUCGGCGUCAUGGUCACGAUGCUUGUGCCAACGUCCGACAUCGACCUCGUGUGGCACGCGCACCAGACCACCGGGCGGCCGUACCGCGACUACUCGCGCAGCGUCAACAAGAACAAGAUGAUCAUCGACCACGACGACACGAUUCCCGGUGGCGACCUCGCGAAAGGGUACGCCGACACCUUUGUGCUCUGGUCCCAGACGUACCACGAGGCGUACUCGAGCUUUCCGCCGAGCUACGAGGCGUGGAUCGCGUCGUCGUCGCCCGACCCGAUCACGCGCCACGUGCUGCGCAAGAAGUGGGCCAAGCACGGCAACGUUCCGUCCAAGAACAACCGGUUCUACGGCGUCAACGAAACCUGCGUCGUCGAGGCGCUACCGUACGCCACGGCGGUGGUCGAAGCCAACGCGGUCAAGCCCGAGAGCGUGCUCGAAGCCGUCCCGAUCUACAUCACGGUCAUCGGCACGCCCGUCAUGGACGGCCGCGUCCGCAUGCCGUACUCGGCCCAGUCGAUGAUGAUGUUUGACGGCGGCCUCCCGUACUACUACAUGCCCUUCAUGUUUGCCGGCGGCUGCGGCGGCUACGGCUACUACGGCGUCGGCGGUGGCUGCGGCGUCAUUGGCAGUGGCUGCGCUGGUAUCGGCGGCGGCUGCGGCGGGAUUGGCGGUGGCUGUGGCGGCGGCGACGGCGGCGGCUGUGGCGGCGGCGACGGCGGUGGCUGUGGCAGCGGCUAA